AGGGUCUUCAGUUGAUAAUGGUAAGAAAGAAGGGAUUGGGCAACCUCGAUUUUGCUUUGGUGUUGUAUGGUGCUCUUAUGUACUAUGUUUUCAAUCUCACACCUGACCAGACCCAGUCAAGAGACAUAUAUUUUUUAAAAAAGCUCCUGAAUUUGAAGGGAGAUGAUGGCUUUAGGAUGAAUGAGGUUCUUGUCUCCCUAUGGUAUAAUGGUGUGUGGCUUUGUGUGUACAGCAUGCUACUGCUUCCAACAGGAGAAAGCUCAAGAAACAGCAUUCCUGCCUGGCCAUUUCUAGUACUUUCAUGCUUUGGUGGUGCAUAUGCUCUUUUACCCUAUUUUGUUCUAUGGAGCCCACCACCACCACCUGUUGAAGAAAAUGAGCUCAAAAAAUGGCCUUUGAAUUUUCUAGAAUCAAAAUUAACUGCUGGGAUUUCGCUUGCUGCAGGAAUAGGUUUAAUCAUUUACGCAGGUUUAGCAAAUGCUGAUGUUUGGAGAGAGUUUUACCAGUACUUCAGGGAAAGCAAAUUUAUUCACAUCACAAGCCUUGAUUUUACUGUACUAUCUGCCUUUGCUCCUUUUUGGGUUUAUAAUGAUAUGACAGCCCGUAAAUGGUAUGACAAAGGUUAUUGGCUUCUUCCCUUAUCAUUGGUGCCAUUCUUAGGACCUGCUUUAUAUCUUGUCUUACGGCCAUCACUAUCAGAAUUGCCUGUUACAGUCAGCUCCACUUCAUCUGAGCAGAAAUAGAAUUUCAGCUCUUUUCUUCUGUUGAAUAUACACUGACCACGGGAAGGGGAAAGCUCAUAGUGAAGAUUGAAUCAGAUCAUGAAUACUAGCUUCUUGCUGAGAGAUGUAACCAUGGAAGAGUUUAUUCCCCUUGCUGAUGCAUCAGAAAAUCAUCACCGCAUAAAGCUUCCCACCCAUUCUUUUUUCUUCCAACAGUGAGAUUAAGCUCAUGGACGGUGUACUAGUGUUUUGACUUUUGAGGAGGAAUGUUGGCUUUUUUAUUUCUUGUUUGCCUCAGGCAAGCUAUAAGAACUUGUUUCAUUUGCUAUGAAGCAACCUAUCAAGUGAAUUCUGAUGAAUUCAUUAUGAAAAUGGUCGCAGGAAGAUGGGUGCAAUCUGAAGGUAUAUAUGGAAAAAAAAAAUUAAAAGCACUAAUAUCUUAACUCA